AUGUCUUUAAGCCAUCACGUUGAUCCCGAGGAGAUUGUCCAUCACCUCAGGGACAUCAAGCUCCAAGAAAAGGGCAGCAGUAGCCAGAAGCAGAAUCAUCUCACACCUUACACCAGUUCCUACGCCAGCCAGGAAGACAUUCCCAAGUACAAGAUCCCCGAAGAUGGCACACCAGGGGACACCGUCUACGCCAUGCUCAGGGACGAGCUGGACCUAGACGGCAGGCCGAACCUCAACAUGGCCAGCUUCGUCAACACCUACAUUGAGGAGAACGCCCAGAAGCUCUUUGUCGAAAACCUGGGCAAGAACAUGUCCGACAACGACGAGUAUCCCGCCAUGAUCUCCUUCAGCGACCGCUGCGUCAGCAUCCUCGCCCAUCUCUGGGGAGUCCAAAAGGGCGAGAAAGCCAUCGGCACCGCCACCGUCGGCUCCUCCGAGGCCGUCCACCUCGGCGGCUUGGCCAUGAAGCGCCGUUGGCAGGAGAAGCGCUGGGCCGAGGGCAAGGAUGCCUACAAGCCCAACAUCAUCAUGGGCGCCAACGCGCAAGUUGCCCUGGAGAAGUUCGCCCGUUACUUCGACGUCGAGGCCCGCAUCCUGCCCGUCUCGGCCAAGAGCAAUUACUGCCUUGACCCGGAACUGGUGAAGGAGAACCUGGACGAGAACACCAUCGGCGUCUUCAUCAUCUUGGGCAGCACUUACACCGGCCACUAUGAGCCUGUAGAAGAGAUUCACAAGAUUCUCGACGACUUCGAGGCCAAAACGGGCAUCGACAUCCCCAUCCACGUCGACGCCGCCUCAGGCGGCUUUGUCGCCCCUUUUACCUAUGCGAAGACAGGCGGACAGAAAUGGAACUUUGAGCUUCCCCGCGUCAAGUCCAUCAACGUGUCGGGCCACAAGUACGGACUGGUCACCCCCGGCGUAGGCUGGAUCGUCUGGAGAGACGAGUCCUUCCUGCCCAAGCAUCUGAUUUUUGAGCUGCAUUACCUCGGCGGCACCGAGUACAGCUACACGCUCAACUUCUCGCGCCCUGGCGCGCAGGUGAUCGUGCAGUACUACAACCUCAUCCACCUGGGCUUCAAGGGCUACCGCGAAGUGGUGGAGAACUGUCUAUCCAACGCACGUCUGCUCUCAAAGGCGCUGGAGGCGACGGGGUGGUACACCUGCGCUAGCGAUAUCCAUCGGCCCCCGAAGAAGCAGGCUUCUGGGACUGCUGGGUUAAGUGGCGCUGAUGAUAGCAAGAAGAAUGACCAGAGCUCUGGGAAUGAAAACAAUGACCAGAAGGCUGAGAAGGAAGAGUCCAAAACGCAUGCUUCUGAUUCAAAGGAUGCUUCCAAAGAUAAAGACCGCGAAGAAACCUCGGCUGACUACACCCCCGGCCUCCCCGUCGUCUCGUUCCGCUUCACCGACGAGUUCAAGAAGGAAUACCCGCAUGUCAAACAAGAGACCGUCUCCCUUUUGAUGCGUGCCCGGCAGUGGAUUAUCCCCAACUACGCUUUGCCGCCCAACGAGGACCAGACGGAGAUUUUGCGCGUGGUGAUUCGCGAGUCGUUCUCGUUUGAUCUGAUCGAUCGGUUGGUUACGGACUUGGUGUCGGUUACGGAGACGCUGAUGGAGAAUGACGAGGUGGAUUUGAGUGUCUUGCAAGGGAAUCAGGGUGGACGGAGGAAGCCCGUGACGAAGCAGGAUAAGAAGAAGCAGAAGGAGGAGAAGGAGAAGGAGGAGAAGAAGGGAGAGGAGAAGGGAGAGAAAAAGGGAGAGGAGAAGGGAGAGAAAAAGGGAGAAGAGAAGGGGAAAGCUGAGGAGAAGAAGAAGGAAGAGAAGAAGAGGCUGGGAGGGGGUAUUCAUAGGAGUGUUUGUUAA